AUGGGAAAAGUCAAAAAGAUAAAAUCGACGAAAGCCGGCACGUCGUUCGGAAACGUUCAAGCGUUGCCAUUCAACACCGACAAAGGUCAGCACAUUCUGAAGAAUCCCGGCGUGGUGAACGCGAUUAUCGAAAAGUCGGCGUUAAAGCCGACCGACACGGUGCUCGAAGUUGGUCCCGGAACCGGUAAUCUCACAGUUAAAAUGCUCGAGGUCGCGAAAACCGUCAUCGCAUGCGAAAUCGAUCCGCGAAUGAUUGCGGAGGUCAAAAAACGCGUAAUGGGAGGACCGCUUCAAAACAAAUUGCAAGUGAACGCGGGCGACGUGAUGAAAAUGGAGUGGCCGUUUUUCGAUGUGUGCGUCGCGAAUCUCCCCUAUCAGAUUUCGUCGCCAUUUGUUCAAAAACUGCUGCUCCACAGGCCACUUCCCAGGUACGCCGUCCUAAUGUUCCAAAAAGAGUUCGCCGAUCGCCUCGUGGCGAAACCCGGCGACAAAGACUACAGUCGGCUGACCGUCAACGUGCAGCUUCUCGCCAAAGUCGAAAUGUUGAUGAAGGUGAAGCGCACCGAAUUCCGACCGCCGCCGAAAGUCGAUUCGGCCGUCGUGCGAAUCGCGCCCAAAAAUCCGCCGCCGGCGAUCAACUACGACGAAUGGGAAGGCCUUUUGCGUUUGUGCUUCUUGCGAAAAAACAAAACGAUUGCCGCGAUAUUUCGCCAAACGCAAGUCAUCAAAAUCAUUGAGGAUAAUUAUCGACAAAUUUGCAGCCAAUUAAAUAAGCCGAUUGCCAAAGAUUUCGACUGCAAGAAAUUCAUCGAUGACACACUUGUGGCGUCCGGCUACGCGGAAAGCCGCGCCCGAAAAAUGCGCGUCGAGGAUUUUCUCGCGUUGCUGCUCGCCUUCAACAAAGCCGGCAUCCAUUUUCGUUCAUAG